GGUGAGCCAGUCAGUGUUCUUCACACGGCACGCUUCGCUUUUCCCAUAAUUCGUGCCCUCGCUUACUACUUAACAAGAAGCCCUCCCUUUAUCGUACUUUACAAGGGGAGAUUCUGAUUUCCGCCUUUAACAGGCACAUAAUAAGUUUGCGCUUUACAACGCUUUCAACUUCUAAAAAUGCCCGUGAAAGCUGUGUGUGUACUGAAGGGUUCGGAGAACGUAACAGGGACGAUCCAUUUCACCCAAGAGGGGCCUGGAAAGCCAGUGGCGGUUACCGGUGAAAUAACUGGACUGAAAAAGGGACUUCACGGAUUUCACGUUCACGAAUUCGGGGACAACACUAAUGGUUGCAUCAGUGCAGGUGCCCAUUUCAACCCACACGGAAAAGAACACGGAGCUCCGGAGGACGCGAACAGGCACGUGGGCGACCUUGGGAACGUGACAGCCGGUGCAGAUGGUGUAGCACACGUGAAAAUAACGGAUGCCCAGAUCAGCCUUUCUGGAGAGCACAACAUCAUCGGACGUUCUGUUGUGGUGCAUGCUGACCCUGAUGACCUUGGCAAAGGAGGACACGAGCUCAGCAAGACCACAGGAAACGCUGGAGGACGUCUUGCUUGUGGGGUUGUUGGAGUGACAAAAUAACUAAAUUUUCCUGUUGUCACUUUGGAUGCAUUCCACGUUGCAUGGCUAUGUCAUUGGCCUCUUUUGUGUUGAACAAUUAAAUAGUCGAUUCCA